AUGGCAACAAGGCGGUCUCUGGCGCUCGCGAGCCGCAGAGCGCCCAUCCUCGCCAGCCCUCCUCGAUCCCAUGCGUAUUCAACCGCGCAACCCACACCGGCAGAAUCGACAACACAAUCCCUCAGCCCGCGAUGGCUCUCCGACGCCAAAGCACGCAUCGGGCACUGCAUCACCUUCGGUCUCCAGCGGGAGCAGAAAGCAGAAGCAGGUCGCAUCCUUCAAGAGUUGAGUCGAGACUGGCGCGAGCUGGUCGCGGGCAGUGAAGGCUUCCUCACGAGCCGGGAGAGGCGUUCGAUGUAUCGAUUGCCGGUCGUCUGGGGGGAGCAGGAUCUCAUGGUAAGGAUAUAAUGCCCCCCUUUUCCCCCCGAGACACCUUUGGGGACGUGUUGUGUUGAGCCAAAGGACAGGCAGGCUAAGAGGAAUGUGAUUUUUUGAGGGUCAUGUCAACAAUGUGGUGUACAAUCGCUAUGCGGAGACGGGACGGAUUGGCUGGGCUUCCAAGUAUGCGAAAUACAUUGACCCGCAGCAUGCGGAUGCGUGGAGGAAUCUGUGGACGCCAAAGGGCGAUGGGAUGAUCCUGCGCAAGAUCACGACCGAGUUCAAGUUUGUAAGUGUCCCGGUCUUGUACAAAGUCUUAACUCCAAAUCAUCAAUGGAAGCUCACACGCCGCGCACACAGCCAAUGCAAUACCCGGAUCACGUUACCAUCUACCACAAGCUGGGCAAAGAGCCGACCGAAGCCACCGACACGUUCGAUCUGCACGUGGUGAUCAUCAGCGAGCUCAAGCAGCGCAUCGCAGCGCGGGUGGUUGAAGAUUGUGUGCUGUACGACUAUCGGAAGGGCAAGAAGACGCCGUUCCGGCCCUUCAUGCUCGAUGUGCUACGGGAGACUUGGCGCCUGCAAGAGGAUGCGAAGCGGGUGAAUAGCGAGCGAGUGAUCGGCAUCCUCGACAGGGUGAGGAAGCUGGAGACGGAGUCGUGGGACCGAGCGGACGCUGUCGAGGAUAUGGGCAGCGCCGCCACCACGUAG